AUGACAUCCGUUUCCCUGUGUAAUCGACAGACUCAGCUAAAAGGAUUCAGAAGCAGGCACCAACAAGAGACAAGUACUUUUAAAACAUAAAACAUUGGUAUAGUUAUUUCUUUUGCCUGUUAAUGUCAGAAUAGAUGAAGGGGAACACGGAAUGUACGGUCGCCGAACUCGGUUAAAAAAUACGCUAAUUUACUGCAGCUUGCUCCUGUAUAUUUGUGGAAGAAGAGCGACGGAGUGACGGUUGAACAAGUUUAAUUUGUACAUGAAUACGUUUUGUAUUGCGCAUUUAAUGUACGCCGCAUUGACAACUGGAUGCUGUAAAUUUUCAGACUUUUGACUUCUUUUUCUCUCAAGUCUUCUGAAGAAGAGAGGACGGCGUUUGUCUCCACUCAACUGCUGAGAGAAAAACAUGCCGUCCAACAAGUCAGUGUCUGAUGCUGCCAUCACUCAGUUCAUCAACUGCAGGAUACUGAGAGACCACCAGCUGCAGAGAGAUGACCUGUGGGUGCGUGAAGGAAAGAUUUUAGAUCCCGAGAAGCUGUUUUUUGAUGAGAAGGGUUAUGCCGAUAAGCGUGUGGACUGUGAAGGCAGCAUCAUUGCCCCGGGCUUUAUAGACGUUCAGAUCAAUGGAGGAUACGGCAUUGACUUCUCUCAGGCCUCCGACAACGUCAGCAGUGGAGUUUCUUUUGUGGCCAAAAAGAUCCUGCAGCACGGCGUGACGUCUUUCUGUCCCACUCUGGUCACCUCGCCUCCCGCUGUCUACCACAAGGUUCUUCCUCAGAUCAAAGUUAGCGAUGGAGGACAGCAUGGAGCUGGAGUUCUUGGUUUUCAUCUGGAGGGCCCAUUCAUCAGCGUGGAGAAGAAAGGAGCUCACCCAGAGCAGUUUCUCCGGACCUUCCAGUCUGGGGGGAUCGAGGACCUGAUGGAGGCCUACGGUGGCCUGGACAACAUCGCCAUGGUGACACUGGCUCCCGAGCUGGGCGGCAGCCAAUCGGUGGUGAAGGAGCUCUGCCAGAGGGGCAUCACUGUGUCGUUAGGUCACUCUGUGGCCAACCUGUCCCAGGCUGAGGAGGCCGUUCAUCACGGAGCCUCCUUCAUCACUCACCUCUUUAACGCCAUGCUGCCUUUCCACCAUCGGGACCCUGGUAUAGUGGGUCUCCUGACCAGCGACCAGGUUCCUGCAGGCAGGACAGUCUACUACGGCAUGAUAGCUGACGGGAUCCACACUAACCCUGCGGCCCUACGCAUCGCCCACAGAGCUCACCCUUCAGGUUUGGUGUUGGUGACGGAUGCGAUCACAGCAAUGGGUCUCCCUCCUGGGCGUCACACUCUGGGCCAGCAGGUCAUUGAGAUCCAGGGUCUGCACGCUUACGUUGCAGGCACUAAGACGCUCUGCGGCAGCAUUGCCACGAUGGACAUGUGUGUACGCCACUUUAAACAUGCUUCAGGCUGCAGUGUAGAGGAAGCUCUGGAAGCUGCCUCGCUCCAUCCUGCCAACCUCCUGGGUGUCAGCCACAAGAAGGGAACCCUGGACUACGGAUCAGACGCAGACCUCGUUUUGCUCGAUGAUGCCCUCAACGUCAAAGCCACCUUCAUUUUUGGAGAGGAAGUGUGGAGAAAAGAACCAUAGAAUAAGAAGAAAGCCUGCAGAUGGAAACCGGCCCGGCAGCUGGGACCCACGGUGCCUUUACGGGACGCUGUUAUGCACAGAACCACAAAUCUGUUGAAUGUUUUAGUUCAUCAGAACACAGAUGCUUUGCAUUUAGAACAUGUCAGGUAAGCUCAAACAAGGCUUCAGAUGUCCUAAAAAGGCCACCGUACAGAGGCUAAACCUUUUAGAUAUAGAUACAAACUUUCCUCAAGACCUCUAGAUCUAAGAAUAGCAAAGUUGUUCAUCCAGAAAUAUUGUUUAUAUGGAGUGUAAAAUGUGUGUUACAGCCCCCACAAGACUGCUACAGUUGUUUUUGGCUGACUUUGCUUUUCUUUUACACAUGAGAAUUUUUUAUUUAAGCAUCUUCAAUUCAACUAUCAGCAAUUGAACUCUGAAUCCAAUUCAUUGUACUUUUAUCUGAAUGUAAGUAGAUUUGAGUUGAUUUCUGACAUAUUCAGGUUUUUUUUAAAAUUAUGAACUUAUUGCAAUAAAAGUAUGCUUCCAGAUGCUUUACUGUUUAUUUUCACACUUUACUCAGAUGUGACUAAAGGGAAACAUGUUGGUAUUAAACUACAUAAAUCAACUUUCA